AUGUCAACGGCGCCGGCGACCAAUGGUGCGCCUGGUGGUCAACAAUCAACCACUUUUGACACCUCAAACAUAUUACAAGCCUUGGAGAUCAUCCACAACCCCAGUACCAAGAAUGAUGUCCGAAGGCAAGCAUCAGACUACUUGGAGCAGUUGAAGACCAGUGAUGAUGCCCCCGAAUAUGGCUAUAUUCUCUCUACAGAUCGGUCGCAGCCACCUCUGGUCCGCCACUUCGGCUUAUCGUUACUGAACUACAUUAUUCGCCAUCAAGGUCACAAGUUCUCCGAAGAACAGAACGAUCAAAUCCGGAAUUGUAUUCUUGAACUUGGUCGCUCGAUCGACCCGUCAGACCUCGCCUUUAUCCGCAACAAGAUUUCUGAGUUAUGGAUCGAAAUGGCGAAGAGAAGUUGGGCCUUGGAUUGGUUUGAUCUGGACGAGCAGCUGGUCCAGUUGUGGUCGCGAGACAUGAUUCACAAAGAUUUCGUUCUGACAGUCCUCGAAAACCUUUCCGAAGAUGUCUUCGUACGAGACGAUAGUAUUGCCAUUCUACGUGGUCGCGAUCUCAACUCAGCGGUAGUAGAAAUCUACACCUCGAGUUCCAAUUUUGCAGGCGGCAUCAAGAUGGGGGAUGUCACGCGACAUAUGAGGUGCGGAGAUGAGGGCUGGCUCAGCAGGAUCAACCAAUUCCUCACUCAGAACCUCGAAACUCGACCUGGCGAUAAAAUCGUCAAAGAAACCAUCCUCAAAGCUCUGGCUGCUCUACGAUCUUCAUUUGCCUGGAUCAUGACUGCUUCCAUUGUCAACUCUAUGGCUCUGGUCACCACAUGCAACUUCUUGACAGUCAAUGAUUCAGAUCUGGUAAUGGGCGCCGUGCAAGCACUUCUCAUUCUAUACGGAAGAAUUCGUCUUGAGGAAGUCGAAGUACAUGCACUUGUACAUCCUCUUCUUCAGCCUGACAGCAUUGCAACAUUGAGACAGCUUUACUCGGUCUCCAUCGUCUCAAUCGAUGAUAUUGACAGCAGCAAAUACGUUCUCUCGAAAAAGCUAUCCGAGCUCAUGUCGCUUCUGUCGGACCAUAUCUGUCAUUAUACAGCACCUGACCCAAAUACCCUUGAUCUCACACCUUUCCUACACUUUCUAACUUACAUGGCCGAGCAUGAGAGUCUUAUUGUCUCCAUCCCAAUGAUCCACUCCUGGGUCAAGCUGCUUGAGGUACCCUCAUGGCGUAAGACGCCUGCAGUUUCUUCUUGCAUUGGCCCGAUACUACAAGUGGCGUCCGAGCGGUUGAUUCAGUAUGAUCAAUUACCAGAAGAUACUCAAAAUCCUGUUGUCCUCUUCGUCAACGAGGAGAUAGAGCUAUUUCCCGAACGCCAUGGAUUCUACCUCAACUACCGUAGGCUUUGUUCUGGAGUGAUUGAAUGGAUCUGCUAUGCACAGCUAGAGGAUGCAAUGCAGGCGGUCAUGAAGAGAGUCGAUGACCUACUUGAUGAGAUCCAAGCCAUUGAGCAGCAGCUUGACCUUCCGAGAUACGAAAGAUAUUCAAUGACAUUCCUCAGAGCCGAUGCUGAUUUCGCCAUUGUCGAUGCAGCUUUCAAAGGAUUUGAUCGUUGGCAGUCCGCACACAAAGAUGGUUCAACACCCGAACAAGAGCAUUUGGCAAAUCGAGUCAGAGAAAACGGAAAGAAUUGGAUGCUAGAGAUGAUGAAGAAGAGAGUCUUCAGAGAUCCGCAGAUACGACACCGUCAGAUAAAGACUGCGGUUGAAGUAUCCAACAGAGCUCUACAGAAGGAUACCGAGUUUGCUUUCAAUGUGUUGGAACAUAUUCUCUCCUCCUUCAUCGUCGGCCAUCAUCAACCGCCGCUAUUUGCAGAGGCAGUCCAUGAACUUCACAGCUAUGCUGUAAGCGAGCUUAGAAGGCUCUCACUCCAGCAUGCUGAUUAUUUCGUCACGUUCUACGAUCAACUCCAAGCAAAAUUCACCGACCUAAUCAAUCAGCUCGACGCUGAUGAACGACUACAGAUCGAUCUAAAAUCGACGCUUUUCUCGGUCGUGCAACGUGCAUCAGCAGUCGAUUAUUCGCAACGUCUCGCGAAGCUGCAAGGAUUUCUCGAACCGCUCGCUACAGCAUGGGCAGACCAGGGAUUGCAGGCGACCCUUCAAAAUCUGGAGAGUUUUGCACGUUCGCAGGCAUUCGAUAAAGUCGCUCCUUAUCUGGAGUCGAUAAAUGCUGCAAACACAGAAGACUGGUCACAAGUUUCAUACGACGAACGUGGGUCACAAAUCCAGCAGGACAUGCUCAACGGAUUUGCCAAAUUGCCCCUCAGAGAGACUAGGAUUCUAUUGAGCAUUUCGACAGAAAGACUUGAACAGGACUCGCCUCUUCAUGAAAUGAUCAUCAAUUUGUGGUCCCCUUUGAUUCCAAAUAUGCUUAGCCAUGUACUAAGCCUAACGAGAUACAAUCAUCAGCUUCAUGAUCCGGGCCACUGGCCAAAUGUUUCUCCGGUCACGCAGCUUGUUAUUAGGAGGUUGUUACGAGAUAGGUACUGGCAGUCUGGAAUAUCAGCAGGGUCGAUGAAUGAGUUCCACAACAAGGUGAAAUCGACACGCUCAACGCUCGAAGGAUUUGCGUCUUCAGUCCGUGGCAGGGUUAGAAACAACCUGGAGCAAUGUUACAGCAUCCUCCACACUCUCGGCAGGUUGGGAGAUUCGUUUUACAGCUUACAACAACUUCCUGUCAUGAUUGCCAACGCUGCCAUUAGCACCGCUGAUCCAUUGAGUCCCCACCACUUCUCGGUGAUGCUGCAGAUGUUGCCCAAACUUAUAGAUGAAUGUCCGCCUGUUCGACGGCAAGAUUUUUUGACACCCAUACUGGUAGCACUUCUGCAACAAAUGGACACCAAGCUUUCCAGUCAGUGGUCUGCCAUGGAUCAGAGAAAGCAGACGAAGCACGAUGAAGAGAAUCUAAGCGACGAGAUGAGAGACGACUCAGUUCUCCGACAAACCACUUACAAAGCGGUCAAUCUGGUGGCCCACUGGCUGAACCCCAAACGUGAACAACAACUCAGCACGAAGAAAUCGGUCGUGAAUGGCGCCUACCUGGGCCAACCAAAUCAACAGUCGAUGCGAGACUUCCUCCUGUCCAACACCGACGUCCUUGAUCGACUCCUCGUCUUCAUCGACCACUCCCUAGCCUUCAAAGACACACGGUGCUGCUACACGAUGCUUCUCGUGGCACAACGCCUGGUUCCAGACUUCGCCACAACGAAUUACAUCUCCGGCGAAGCAGCCGACGCAGUCCGCGGCUUCAUCUCGACAGAAAUGCUCAAGACUUCCAUUACAUGCCUCAACGACGGCUACUUUGCCGACCACCAACAACAUUAUGCGCACCUGAUCGCCACCAUCUGGAUCUCCUACGGUCUGCCUACACACAUCCCCGCUACAGAUUCAGCGCCUGCACACGACCGGCCGCCUCUGACGCUCAUUCCGCGCGACGUGGUCCUCAGCCUGCCGGGGAUGACGGAGGCGAAAGUCGACCACGCCGCCACACAGCUCUUACAAGAGGGGCUGGCCACGCGCUCCAAGAAGCUGCGUGCGAUUAUUCUAUCGCUACUCGAGGGUGUGCGAGGCGUGCGGCUCAGCGAGCUCGGCAAGAUCGAUAUGCGUCAGCAGCAGUCUCGCAUUCUGGAGAAAUACAAACAGCGUGAGCUGUUGACUAUGCAGGGUGUGGACGAUGCUGGGAGAAACGCAAUAGACGGCGGUGGCAGUGGCGCCGAUGAUGUCGAUCUCGGUGGCGUGGCCGAUAUGUUCGCUGGCUGA